AGCGCUAGAUUCAAACAGCAGAGCGAGAAGGCAGCUGAACAAAGAGGAGAAGUAGAGGAGAGAGUGAAGUGACAGAAAAAAGGAAGAAUAAAGAACACAACAUCUUUUCAUUUACAUAUUCAUUUUCAGUCUUCGUUGGAGACCUUCCUGAAGGACAUUUAAAUUUUUUUAGUACCUUUACUGUUGCGGAAUUUGUAAAAGGCAAAAAUGAUGAGCAGCAGAGUCAUCGUCGUUGCUGUAGCGGUGCUCCUGGCCUCCCUCGCCAUCAGUGAAGGGGUGAGUCUGAGAAGCCUGGGAGUGGAGAUGCACUGUCGCUGCAUCCAGACAGAGAGCAAACCCAUCGGCCGCCACAUCGAGAAGGUGGAAUUAAUCCCUGGCAACUCUCACUGCGAAGAAACUGAGAUCAUUGCCACCCUGAAACACUCAGGCAAAGAGGUCUGCCUCGACCCCGAGGCUCCCUGGGUGAUAAGAGUGAUUAACAGGAUCAUGUCCAACAGAAGACGCUGAACGGAUGACAAGAGGCGUCUGCAAUGGGUCUGAGACAUUUAUAGACAAAUGAUCAGUUCUUGAAUGUACUUGACUGGUCACCACCCUGAUUUCAUACCAAGUGACUUGUGAUACUCAAUGUCCUGAUGAGCUGUUGAAGGGGACAUCAGAAUUUACCCGUGUUUGUAUCAAACAUUAUUUAUUAACAAGUCUGUGCUUGUUUGUAGGUCACUUACAUACAUUAUGUUUAAGCAAUAACUUGUUUCUUGAUGUUCCUGAAGUCUGUAAAAGUAGAUUACUCUUUUCUUGUCUCUUAUUUAUAUAUUUAGCAUAUUUAUUGAUGUAUUUAUAAGUUGUGUCUGAAUUUGCUUAUCUAAAUGAUUAAUUAAAAAGGUCAAAUGAAAUUGAAAAUGAAA